AUGCAGGCGUUCGUUGCACUGCGAGGGAUCUCCGCGCUGAGGAGCGAGGCAUCGGCGGCGGACACGAGCUGGAGCGCCCGUGCGUUGAUCAGGCAGUGGCAGCAAGACGAGGACAUCCACAGCGCACAAAUCUGGCUCCCGGGGUCGAACGCCGACCGGAACAUCCCCGGCAUCGGCCUGCUUGAGGUCCUCGCGGCGUCGCUCUCCCGCCUCGACGAUGCCGUAGCUGCAGCGGCACCCCCGUGCGGCGCAGCCUGCCAGGACAGCCAGCGCGCGGCGCUGCAGGCGCUCUUCGCGGCCCUCGACGGCCCGAACUGGCGGGACGCGGACAUGCGGCGCAUCUGGCAGAGUGACAUCCACCACUGCUGCUGGCCCGGCGUGCAGUGCUGCGGCGCCGACGGCACGCUGCCGGUCGCCAUCCGCACCGACACCGAGAUCGUCGGCCUCGCCGACUCCGGCCCGAUCCGCUGCAUGCGCCCCGGCGCCGUCGUCACGCUCAAUCUCGACCGCGUGCGCGACUGCAGCAACAACCCCGCCGCCGCGCCCGUGCAGCUCCCGGGCGCCGCGCUCGCGCGGCUCGCGACGGGCCUCGAGACCCUCAACCUCGCCGGCCUGUGCAUCGGCGGGCAGCUCCCCGUCGAGCUCGCCGACGCCGUGCUGUUGCGCCUCCUCGAUCUCUCGAGCAACAGAUUCGAGGGGCCGCUCCCGGAGUCGGGCGAGCACAAGUGGAGCGAGCACGCCUUCCUCACCGACAUGGCCAUCCACCUGAACGGCUUCACCGGGUCGCUGCCGGACAGCCUCGGCAAGGGUGCGCACCGGCUGCAGCGGCUGGUGUUCCGGAACAACGACUUCGACGUUAUCCCUGCGUCCCUCGCGCAACUGCCCUAUAUGUCGGUUCUUGACGGAACGAACAACAACGUCGAGUUCGGCGUGAUCGACGCGCUCAACGUGCGCGAGGAGGACGCCCCGUUCCUGGAGCUCAACGACAUCAUCAUCAACCGCGGCGUCACCGCCAAGGUCUACCACCUGCGCGGCAACCGCAUCUCGGGCCGUCUCGACCCGGCCAUCUUCGCGCUGCCCAUCCGCGAGUACGACCUCGGAGACAACCGCAUCUUCGGGACGCUGCCCAAGACCCUCGGCACGCUCGGGACGCUCCGGAUCUUCGCUGCCGACGGCAACAACCUCACCGGCACCCUCCCGGACCCGCUCACGACCGCCUCGAUCCACCGCAUCCACCUCUCGCGCAACCCGCUGCUCACCGGGACGCUCCCCAAGUCGCUCCGCGACGCGCCUUUCCUGAGUCACUUCGACGUGUCCAAGACGCGGGUGUUCGGCGAGGUCCCCGACAACCUGGGGGACAUGGAGGACUUGCAGACGUUCGACGCGCGCGACACGCUGAUGACGCACAACCUGACGCGGCGGAACUCGCGCGGGGAGCUGCUGCCGGAGUCGCUGAAGUUCUGCGACACGUUUUUGGCGCAAAGCGGCGACGUCGACAACCUGCAGAUGUUUUGUCCGGACGUCGUCCCCGCGCGGCAGCAGGGGGCGCUCGAGCUGUUCACCGUGCGGCUCUCGCCGCUCUACUUCCGGUACGAGGGCUGCGUGUGCGCGUCCGGCUUCGUCCUGCGCCGCCGGCCGCUCACGGACGAGCAGCGGCAGGGCUUUGCGGAGGUCAGCACGUCCGGGGAGUCGGGGUGGGCGCCCGACGGCGACGUGGCGGCGUGGGACCGCGACUUCAUGCCGAAGGAGCGCUUCGGGUGCGUGCCGGAGCAGGACGAGGUCUUCACGACGCUGGAGCUGAUCGUGGUGGUGGCCUGCAGCGCCAUAGGUCUCUUCGUGGUGUGCUCGGUGGUGCUGGCGCUGCUGUUCUGGCGGCAGCUGCAGGCCGCGCUCCAGGACCGCAGGAAGCGCGCCGGGCCGCCGCCGGGCGGCCGCGACGUCACGCUCGUCCUGACGGACGUGGAGGACUCGACCAAGAUGUGGGAGGGCAACCCCAAGGACAUGGCAGUCGCCAACGCGCUGCACGACACGGUUCUGCGCAAGCACCUGCCCCGCUGGUACGGCUACGAGGUGUCGACGGAGGGGGACUCGUUCCUGCUGGCGUUCCACACCCCCAGCGACGCCCUGGGGUACUGCAUGAUGGUGCAACAGGCGCUGAUGACGACGCCGUGGCCCGAGAGCGUCCUAGCGCGCGAGUCCCGCGUCCGCCGCACGUCCGUCGGGACGGGCGAGAAGGUGCGCGGGGUGUUGCGCUCCGCCGACGGCGCCCCACCACAGGGGGCAGCGCAGGGCGAGGGGCCUGGCGCGCUAGGACGCAAGCAGUUCGCGAGCGACCUGCUCAGCGACGGACGUCUGCACUCGUUCGAGGCCGCCGGCGCGACGCGCGCCGCACCCGCUCCCGUCCCGGGCCUGACGUUCAAACCCCCCCCGGAGGCGAUUCGGCACGGCAGCCGCGUCGUGGACGACGAGGGGGUCGCCACGCGCGACGGGAACGAGUCGCCCGAGACGUCGCCCGGCUCGAACGAGCAGCCCGGCCCGCCUUCGCGCCCGCAGCCGCCGCGGAGGGAAGGCGACGUCUACUUCUGUGGCCUGCGGGUGCGCAUGUCGGUGGCGACGGCGCACGCGACGCAGACCGUGCACCGCAUGACGCGCCGGUUCGAGUACACCGGCCCCGUCUACGACCUCGUCAACGCCAUUCAGGACGUCACCAGUGGCGGGCAGAUCCUCAUGUGCGAGAAGUCUUACGAGUCUGCGAUUCCGCAUCUUGCGGAGACGGAGGACCGCAUCCGCGCCUCCGCGGUGCACCAGGCUCUCUUCUUGAUGCGUCGCGCGGCGCACAGCGGCCCCGCGCCGCCGGCGAAGCUCGUCAGUGCUGCGCCCAACAUUGGCCAGAGCGCUGCAGCGUUGCAGGUGGGCAAGUCUGGCCUGGACAGCGGCCGCGGCGGCCAUGGCGCGAUCCUCGAGGCCUCGAGCGGGCCCAGCGAGUCCGGGGCGCGCAGCCGCGCCACGACGGUCGCGGUAGAGGACAUGUCGAGGCUCGUGCUCGGUCCGCUCGGGAUGCCGCGGAGGGCGCGCGCCGCGCGGUACCGCUCCACGCGAGAGACGUCCGCGGACGAGGUCGACGAGCGCGACAGGAGCGCCGGCGCCAUCCGCGGCACGGCGUGGUCGUUGUCGGUGUCGCUUGCGCAGUCCAUCAGGCGCGUGGCCUCGUUCUGGCGCGGCGACUCGCUCGCACGGUCCGCCGGUGCGACGCACUUCUUCGAGAACGGCCGCGUGGCCGCGAACGCCGCCGCGCUCGAGUCGGCGCUGGCCGUGCUCGACAUGGGCGUGCACGCAGCCCUCGGGGCAAACCAUCGGCCUGUGCACCUGUUCCAGCCGCUCGUGCCGCAGCUCGAGGAGCGCGCGCGCUUGUUCAAGCCCCUCCCGGCCAGCUCGCUCGUCCUCCCGGGCUACUUCGACGCGCCCGGCACUCUGGAGACACCGCUGGUCUCGAGCAACCCCUGCGUGCACGGCGUGGCGUACAGCGCGUGCAUGCGCUGCAAGUCGCAGCUCGAGGACUUCCCCCUCGUCACCGUCGCGUUCGUCGCGCCCUGCAAGCUCGACGAGCUCUUCCGCGAGAGUGAGAGCGCCGCCAAGGACGCACUCAGGCUGUACAAGUCCGCCGUUCGGCGGCUGCUGCCCCGGUUCAGCGGGUACGAGUGCCAGGAGCUGACGGGGUCCUUCAUGCUCGUCUUCCACUGCACGAGCGACGCGCUCAUGUUCGGCUGGUCGCUGCAGCUGACGCUGCGCGACCUGGCGUGGCCGGCCCGCGUGCUCCGGACGACAAACGCGGGCGUCCAUGCGAACCCUGCCGGCGAGGUCGUCGACCGCGGCCUGCGCGUCCGCGUCGGCGUCUGCGAGGGCCGCCCGAUCCGCGUCACCCCACACGCCUCUACGGGACGCGCAGACUACUUUGGCUCCGUCGUGAACCGCGCGGCGCGGAUCUGCUUCGCGGCGGCGCGCGCAGGGGAGGUCCUCGGCCCCGCUGCGCAGAUCGGGCGCGCCCUGGCGGUUCUGUCGCGCACCAGCGUCGGCGAGGGCCGCUUCGUCGACCACAACCUCCGCCGCCACGCAAGCCUCGACCUCGCCUUGGAGUCCCACGGGCUGAAGGCGUCCUCAGACGACGCCAAGCGGCGCUCCAACGCCUCGCGGGCAGACGCCGGCGCCGGCACUGGCACCAGCCAGGCCACCAUUUGCAACGUGAACGCGCAGCUCCUGCUGGACGUGUGUCAGGUGGACCCAGCGACUGUCGAGGUGACGGAGGGCGCCGCGGGCGCCGACGCCGACGCGCCGGACUGCAUCUUGGCCGGGGGGCCUGGCGAGCGCUCUGCGCCAAGGUCCACGUCGCGGGCAGGCAAGCACGUGGCCUUCCCGCCUGGCGGUGCAGACGGGCUUGGGAAUGCGCGGGUGCCGGACCGCGCGGCGUGCGACGGCGCGGGCGCGCUUCCGGAACAGGCGUCGCUGCCCGCUGGUGUGGUUGCCAGCGGGCGCUGGGUCUCAUUGACGGAGGCGAUGGCCCUGGACCACAUCGGCAGCUUCCGGCUCAAGGGCGUCGCUGGCGAGUUCGAGCUCGCCGCGCUGCGCAGUGCGUCGCGGCCGCCGCGCUCCGCCAUGCAGGCUGACAGCGCCAAGGCCAAGUGUCUGGGGCCUGCGAAGGGCGCUGUCCUGGAAGGCUCGCUGCGCGCGCUGGUCCCCGUGGGCAAGGCCGGGGAGCAGCGCGGCGCGAGCCACGACCACGGCACGAUCCGCGACAGCAACACCAACGGCAGCGUGACGGCCAGCAGCGUCGACGACGGGCGGCGCAUCGCCUGA